AUGAAGUUUUCUGGAUUUUCUGUUUCUCUUGCCCUUGCGAGCGCUUUAUCCGUCUCUGCUCUUCCCACCCUUCCGGGUCGCACUGACCUUAGCGCUCUUCCCGGUCGUACCGCUGUGGGUGAUGCUGCGAGUUCGACCGAUGGCACUGCCGCUGCUAUGAAGCGUCGUGACGGUGGCGAUGCCCUUGGCGGAGCUGUCUAUGGCGUGACCGGCUCUUCAAAUGGACUUGUUGGUAUCGUUGGUAGUGCUGCCGGCACUGCUGAGAGCACCUCCGCUGGUGCCGUUGGAACUGCCGAGAGCACGGUUGCUGGCGUGGUUCCUGCCAAGCGUGAAGUUCCUGGUCUUAAUGGCCUUAGCGCUCUGCCCGGCGGUACCGUCGUCGGUGAAGUUGAGGGUACGACCGAGGCAGCAGUUGGUAGCGUGAAGCGUGAUGGUAGCACUGAUGCUGUUGCCGGAGCCGUCUAUGGCGUGACUAGCUCUACGAAUGGAAUUGUUGGCGUUGCUGGUAGUGCUGCUGGCACUGGUGAGAGUACCGCCGCUGGUGCCGUUGGAACUGUCGAGAGCACGGCCGCUGGUGUCAUUCCUGCCAAGCGUGAAGUUCCUGGUCUUAAUGGCCUUAGCGCUCUGCCCGGUGGUACCGUCGUCGGUGAAGUUGAGGGUACGGCCGAGGGAGCUGCUGCUGGCAUGAAGCGUGAUGUGAAGCGUGACAGCACUGAUGCCCUUACCGGAACCGUCUAUGGCGUGACUGAAUCUACGAAUGGACUUGUUGGUAUCGCUGGUAGUGCUGCCGGCACUGCUGAGACCACCUCUGCUGGUGCUGUUGGAACCGUUGAGAGCACGGUUGCUGGUGUCGUUCCUGCCAAGCGUCAGCUACCCGGCCUCGGUAACGUUGUCGAUGCUUCCGUUCAGAACGAUCUUGGCAUGUUGACCGGCAACCCAUCUGGCCUCAUUGGCGCCCUCGCUGGCCUGCAGACUGCUCUUUCAACUGGCAACAUUCUUCCUAGCCAGAUCUCCAGCCUUCCUGUUGAGUUCGAGUACGUCGUCGAGUUCCUCUACACCGCUUAA